GGACCAUCUAGAAGCGGCAGGACACGUGUGCAUUCUGAAAGACGCCUUUGACUUUGAAAGACCGUCUGAAAUCUCAGACCUCAUUGCGGCUGAGAACUUGGAGGCAGCUCUGGCUCUUCACCUCUACAGGGGAGGCCGACUCUUACAAGGUCAUCAUAUUCCUUUUGGAAUCAUCUUCGGGGGAACAGAUUUAAACGAGGAUGCCAACCACAGGGAAAAAAACGAAGUGAUGGGGAGAGUGCUCGAGGAAGCCAGAUUUGCAGUCGCCUUCACGGAGUCGAUGAAGGAGAUGGCACAGACGCAGUGGCCACACGCUAAGGACAAGAUCUAUGUCCAAAGUCAAGGAAUUGCAACAAUACCGAACGCCGCUUUUAACUGGAACAGCUUUCUUCAGCGCUCAGAGAUUAACCAAAAUGCUGACAACCUGCACGUGUUCCUUCUGAUCUGCGGGCUCAGGCAGGUCAAAGACCCGCUCUACCUGGUGGAUGCCUUUUCAGAAUGGCAUCAAGAAGAGCCCAACGUUUACAUGGUAAUUGUGGGCCCUGAAGUUGACCCCGUGUUCACCAGGGAAGUGAAAGCCAGGGUCAAGAGGGCUGCCGGGGUCCGGCUGAUGGGGGAGAUGCAGCGGGAGGACCUGCAUGCGGCCUUGAGGAACUGCUUCGCUCUGGUGAACAGCUCUAUCUCCGAGGGCAUGUCGGCCGCCAUUCUAGAGGCAAUGGAUCUGGAGGUCCCUGUGUUGGCCAGGAACAUCCCUGGGAAUGCCGCCCUGGUGAAGCACGGAGUCACUGGGCUGCUGUUCUCUGAUCCCCAGGAGUUUGUGCAGCUGGCGAAGAGACUCAUCUGUGAUCCUGCACUGGAGAGAGAGAUCGUGGCCCAGGGGCGGGCGCACGUGCAGAGCUGCUGGGAAGACCAGCCUGGGAAGGCAUCUCCUGAGUGCUGACAUCAUGGCCACCCAGUGGACAUCCCUUACCAUCAACAGGGAGUGAACUGUCUCGUUGCUCCUCAAGAGUCAGAAGUUGGCAGCAUAAGGAGAAGAGGACAGAGGACAGUGGCUGGGGUGCCCUCCUGGAAAGUGCUGGUGAGGAGCCUGCCUGGGCCCUAGAUGGAGGCAGAGAGGGGAGGGAUCAACACUGCACUACUCCAAGUUCAAGGGCACGUCCUGGACGUCUUGCUGCUCACCACCGAGAGGACAGAAGAGCCAGCAUCUUGUAUUCAGAAGGAGCAGCCUCCAGUCAGCGCCAGCCCGAUGUCCUGGAGUGGACACCAGCCCGCUCUGAUUCCACACAGUGCCAUUUGGCCUUUCACCCUGCACCUGGGUCAUGGAAGAGCCGCUCUCCAGGGAGGCGGUGGGCCGAGAGAACAGGGCUCUUGCUCCUCGGGCUCUGCAUCAGCAUUGCCCGUUUCCCCUGGGCCCACAUGGGUACCAGGACACGCUUCCAUGCCUGGCCACAGGGAGAGGGAGGGAGACCGGGCCUGAGCCCUGAGUCUGGAGGGAGCAGUGUCACCCUAGGGGAAAGCAUGAUUGGGGCAGGUCACUCAGCCACCGCACACACUGCUGCUAUUUACCCAGUGCUGUUGGUCCUGAAGCGCAACUGUCCCCUCCCUGAGUAACCUGGAGGGGGCCUGGCCUCUGCCAGCCAUCACCAUGGAGCUACAUCUUACCCAGCACAUAGAGAGGAGGGGCAGGUUUUAGGUUAAUAAAGUGUGUCACCAUCUGCGGUACAAAACCAGCUACCAUUCAUUCUUCCUGUGAGCAGCCUUUGGCAGGAACAAGUCUCCCCCCCCCCCGAGGCCCUGCACCCCAACAGGAAGGACUGACACCCCAACAUCUAAUUUAGAGGAGUUAGAAAUGCAGCCAGGUGUUUACACCACUGUGUGUCCAUCAGCCUUCCACCACUGUAAUCAGUGCUUUGAGGAAAACUUUAUAAAGAUAAAAAUGUUUAUUUCAGUCACAGUUUUGGAGGUCCCGGUCCAAAGUGUAUGUGGAAGACCAUCCUCCCUUGUACAGUUUGGGUAGAAUUUUGAGAACAUCUGAAUUCUCAGCAGGUGUUUUGGCUUCAAGUGGUCAUACCCCUGUGUUGGGCUCUGUAGUAUACUUAGCACAGCUAUGUAACCUUUUCCCAUGGAAGGUUCUUGAUAGCUAAACCUGCCUCACCUGCCACAUAUCUGCAGCUCCCUACAAGGCAGGGACAGCAUCUUGCUUUGCCUUCUGCUGCAGCAGAAGGCCCUGGGAUGCCUAUUGUAUAAUGCAUAGAGACCUAUUGGCUCCCAGGUCUGAAGGCUGCAAGUCCAAAGAGCUGCCACUGUCACCUGUGGUGGAAGGGCACAGCAGGGAGGGUGGGGGAGAGGGGCCUGAACUCGGCCUUUUUGGGGCUUACUUCUGAUAAUGACCCCACUCCCUCAAUGGAGGCAUUAGCCAAUUCAUGAGGGGGGUGGCCCCAUGACCAAGUAUCUCUGGUUAGGCACCCACCUGACCCUACUGCAUCCAGGAUCAGGACUCCAACACAGGACCUGUGCGGCGAGCUGGCUCUCUCCGGGGUUCCAGGACCCCCUCUCUCCUUCCUAGUUUUCCUCACUUCUCCUCUUUGAUCCUGAUGUCCUUUUAGAGUGUCAGGGGGCUGAUGGGGGAGGACCACACAGGAGGACAUUCCUGCCCAACACUAGCCCUUACCAGAAGGCCCACUCAAAUGGCAGUGCCCAGCCUUGGCUUCAUGGAAUCUGGGUGGUGAGCGGCCCCCUGGACCAAGCACCUCAGGUUGCCAGGGCAGGCCAGGCCGAGGCUCCCCAGAGGUCCAGUGUGCAGUCCCCACGGCAACUGCAGGGUCACGCUAUCCAUGUAACUAGGAAGCAGAAUUUCAUGCAAAACAGGGAUGUUCCAAGAAAAGCCCAGACUGGAAUCCCCAGAUUAAUAAAACAGGUGAAAUCUG